AUGGCGCUAGAUGCUAUUGCUAAGUCCCGACCCGCGCCGCCGCAAUGGCUCAUGGGUGCAGAGGCUUUCGAGCGUCACAUGCCGCAUCAUAACGGAAUCCGUGCGCUGUGGGAGACUAAGUGGCGCGAGCCCUGUCGGCGGUCGGUGUACCCUUUCCAUGACGGCGCCUUCGAGGAUUUCGAGCCUGUAUUUCUAGAUCUAAUUGCUCGAGACAUCAACGAUGGGACUUCGGCCGAGUACACGCAAGCAUUCAUUCCUACCGCACGGGCUCUUGAGCAACGCGGCGACGAAGAUGCUGCUCAAGGAGGCGAGGAGGGGAAGAAAGAGGCGUCGCGGCUGUACCUACGCGCCGCUUGUAUCUUACGUAUCGCUCGAUUUCCGUACAUCACAGGCUUCCCGCACCCCAACGAUCCCGUCAAGUGGGAGGCUUGGGAGCUACAGAAAGCGAUAUACCGCAAAGCCGGAUCUCUAUGGUCACCAUCCCCUCUAUCCGAGGUCUCGAUCCCACAUACGUUCGCUAAGGGACGUGACCGUAACACUAUCCCAGCAUAUAUCCGAGUACCGCCCUCUCUAUCCAAUGGCGACUCGAAGCACCCCGCAGUCAUCCUCUUCACGGGUCUUGAUGGCUAUCGCCCCGACAACACAGCGCGAUGCGACGAGUUCCUCUCGCGCGGGUGGGCCGCUGUCGUGCUCGAAAUUCCAGGCACGGCCGAUUGUCCAGCAGAUCCAGCGGAUCCGAACUCGCCGGACCGACUACUCGAUAGCCUGUUCGCGUGGUUAGCCUCUGACGGGCGCUUUGACUUAGGGCGCGUGUUGUGCUGGGGACUAAGCAGCGGAGGAUACUAUGCAGUGCGGGCGGCACACACGCACCGCGACAAACUACUAGGAGUCGUCGCGCACGGUGCCGGCACGCACCAUUUCUUCGCUCGCGAAUGGCUUGCCAAAGCUAAUGGUCAUGAGUACCCGUUCAAGCUUACUCCAGCACUGGCUAUGAAGUACGGAUACGGCGACGAUGUCGAGGCGUAUCUGGAGGGCUCGCAGGGGAGGUUUUCGCUAUUGGAGACGGGGAUCUUGGGGAUGCCGAGUACGAGGUUACUUCUUGUUAACGGGACGCAUGACGGGCUCAUGCCAAUUGAGGAUUCAAUGCUUUUGUUCGAGUAUGGGUCGCCUAAGGAGGCACGUUUCUUCACCGGUGCUUUACAUAUGGGAUAUCCCAUGGCGAAUUCGUCGGUAUAUCCUUGGAUGGAACAAGUGAUGGCUUCUGCGAAGUGA